CAGUUCUCCAGUUUCAGGCCAGCUGCCUUAUGGGUGACACACCACAAACCUGACCCACCUGGACAGCACCCAGAACAAUGAACCAGUCUGAACUGACAACGGACCCGCUGCUCACUGCCAACAGCAGUCAUGGAGACGUCUUUCCUUACAGGGCUGCCAACCAUUCCUGUCCCUUGGGCUGGGGGCUGAACGAAGGCCUAGAGGCUUGCGUCCUGGAGACUGCUGUCAUUGUACUUCUGACAGUGCUUAUUAUUGCAGGAAACCUGACGGUGAUCUUCGUGUUCCACUGUGCCCCUCUACUACACCACUACACCACCAGCUACUUCAUCCAGACCAUGGCCUAUGCCGACCUGCUGGUGGGUCUUAGCUGCCUGGUGCCCACCCUGUCUCUUCUCCACUACCCAGCAGGUGUUCAAGAGCCCAUCACAUGCCAGGUUUUCAGCUACGUCAUCUCUGUUCUGAAGAGUGUUUCAAUGGCCUGCUUGGCUUGUAUCAGUGUGGAUCGUUACCUGGCUAUAACUAAACCACUGUCGUACAACCAGCUGGUGACGCCGUGCAGACUACGAGGGUGCAUCACCCUAAUUUGGGUCUACUCUAGCCUGGUCUUCUUGCCUUCCUUCUUUGGGUGGGGUAAACCAGGCUAUCAUGGGGACAUUUUUGAGUGGUGCGCACACUCUUGGCCCACAUCUGCCCUCUUUACAGGCUUUGUGGUGUGUUUGCUCUAUGCGCCUGCUGCACUUGUGGUUUGUUUUACCUAUUACCAUAUAUUUCGCAUCUGCCAGCAGCACAACAGGGAGAUCAGUGAACGGCGGGCACGUUUCCCCAGCCAGGAGAUGGAGGCUGGUGAGGGGGGUGGCAGUGGGCAUCAUGGAGGACAUGGACCAGAUCGGCGCUAUGCGAUGGUGCUGUUCCGCAUCACCAGUGUUUUCUAUAUGCUUUGGCUGCCCUACAUUAUCUACUUUCUGCUAGAGAGCUCCCAUGUGCUGGAUAGCCCUGCCCUGUCCUUCAUCACCACCUGGCUGGCCAUUAGCAACAGCUUUUGCAACUGUGUCAUCUACAGCCUGUCUAAUAGUGUGUUCCGCCUCGGCAUGCGUAGGCUCUCACAGACAAUUUGCUCCUUCAGCCAUUGCGCAGCCGAUGACAGGGACUUUGGGGAGCCUAAACCUAGGAAGAGGGCAAACUCGUGCUCCAUCUGAUGGGAUGACCUUUACAGAAUGAGGAUACUGCAGGAAUCUACAAAUGGGAAACAAGAAUCUUAACAAGCUUAGCAGCUAGUUAACUUUCAGUAACAUUGGGAGGGCUUAACCCAACAGAAAAUGGGUUCUGUUGUAUCGGCCUGUCAGCUAACACCAGUGACAUUGCCUUGGUCACAAUAAACCAUGGUUUAUUGCAUUUCAAGCUUUUCAAGGAGAUGGGUGCUGUGUCUAAACAAAGAGAUUUAACGAGAUGGUCAUUCUCUGAUGGCUUUUAUUCUGUGGUAUGUGACUUGGCUGUGGAUCAAAUAGAAAGAAGUCUCCCCAUGUUGUUCUUAGCCUUUACAUCCCACUGUAUGUCAACCAGGUCUGACAUUGUGAGAUGACUAAACUGUAAAAAUUCACUAAUAUCUUUUCAGACAUCAAAUGUGGCCACACUAUUUCAUGCCUGUUACAUUUUGUCAGUAGUUGUGAAGUGGAUCAACUUUCGAUUUGAUGUCCCGAUACUUUCUGUCAGUAGGAGUGACUGGAUAACCUACACAUACUUGUGUUAAUAAACCUGUUUAAAGGUUGUAAAUGGAUCAUUUACUUUUUAGUUGUAUAAACACACACAGUGGCCAUGACGGCAGCCAUUAUGCUGCUGAUGAAUAACAGAUGGUGUAAGGUCGUGACUGUUUGCUAGAGAAAAGUGCGCACUCAGUUUCUACUGAAUUAUUUUGUGUUGAGUCUGUAAACAUGAUGAGUGCAGGUGAACAGGAGAGAUGCAAAACAAGUGUUGGCUAGGUGUUCUGACACAUUUAUUUUGUAUUAUCAGGGUGAUGGGCCAAUCUGACCCUUGGUUAACAUUUUAAUAAAGUUGUUUAUUGAGACCUUCUGCAAAACUGUAAAAAUGCACAGUAAUCUUCAAUAGUAAAACUCCAAUUCAACACUGUUUGGAAAGUAAUACCCCUACAUCACAGCAUUAGACUGUUACUCAAUUUUAACUUGUAAAAGGAGUGUUGAAACCUUUUAAAUCUAGUCAAAAUCCUCUAAAUACGAUGUUUCACUUGACACAACAUGGUUACUAAUCUAUAAUAUAGAUUGUCAACACAUUUCCUACUGCUGUAGUGUGACCUGUAUCAGAUUUUGCACAGAUCACAUGCUGCUUUCAUUGUUUACCAAUUCAAAUAUUAGCUGAUUAUGGUUUAUCACCAAUUAAUUGGUGCCACUCAACUAAGAAGCACCGUGUGUCUAGAAUUCAGACAAAGGAUGUGUUGGUUUGACUCUAAGGCCUUUAUAUUGAAAGCAGUGAACUGAUGCUUGCAGCAGAUAACUACCCAGCAUAGUUUUUUUCCCCCCAAGGUCCCCCCUUGUGUUUUUGAAAUAGCCCAUCAGGGCCAGCAUUCCCACCAUUGGUGUGGCAUUCCUGAUAUGGCUUUGUUAUGAGUAUUCUGCUAACACUUAAAUGCAUGAUUGCUCAUGACAGCCAUUUCUAACCAACAAAUAUAUAUUACAUUCCACCUGUACAUGUAAGUUCAUGUAUAUCGAAUAGUGAACAAACAGCAGUUAUAGGUUCAGUUUAGGAACAUCAUUCUGUAUCUGAGCUGACUUGGGGAUAUCAUUUUUAGAUGCACCUCUCGGAUGUUGCGUUUGAUACACACACAAACUUCUCUAAAACAUUUAAAAGUGAGAACAGUGAUAGUAGUUGCAGUGUAGACCAGAAUAUAUAGGCUGGUUUGGGGUGCUUUACAUCAGUGAGAAAGUUAUCUUCAGAUCAGAUGAUAUUGGGCUUUAUUUCCCAGCAGCGGUGGACAGGGUCUCAGGUUAAUGUGAUCUGAUCUGUCUAGAGGUCGCUGUGAGGUUAAAACUUAACUGAUCUGAAAUAACAUGAUUAGUUGUGAUACAGGUUUAAGGCUAUCUAGCUUAUUUUGUCGGUAGCUUAUUUUGUGUAGGUUUGUUCAACCUUUGGCCGGAGAAUCCUAAUUACUUUUAAUAUGCCCCACUUUCUUUCAGCUGUACCAAUUUGGUUGCGGAUUGCAAAAAAAUCACUGCCCUCAAACUACAGGCCUGAAUGUCUUACAUUCUUCUCAGUACUUUUGUGAAUGACCUUAGUAUAUAGUGUGCACUUCUCACAGGGUUAAACCUAACUGGGAAUCACACUUUGGUCAUUUUGGUAACUGGGCUUGUGGAAUUUUCCUUAUCCUUUAUUAUGAUGUCCGUACCCAAGCCACAGAUGGUUGUUUUGGAAAGGGCAGAAUAUAGGUGUUAGAAAUGGAGUCCCUAAUUACUCCAUUCGGCAAAAAAUAUAUACAGUAUUGUUCUUUCACUGUGGCCAUUCCAGCUUGGUAAAAUCUAAAGACUUUUGAUAUACUAAGUGCAGAUGGUGUGUGUGUUGUUUAAACAACCCAUAAACUGCCAUUGGUUAUGCCUCCCAUACUUUGCUAGUUAUCAGUCACUCCAGUCAAUUUUCCUUGUUACAUUGCCUUGAUCAUUAGAUCAGUGCCGAAGCAUAAUCAAUUUCAAAAGAAUACAUCCACGUAAUAGCCAAUAAGUUACAGAUCUCCCUCUUUGCUCAUAGAGUAGUGUAAUCUGUGGUUUAGGCCUUGCUUGUAGUAUAGUCCAUGCACAGCAAACCCAGCCCCGUGAUAUUGUAAAUGCAUUCUAUGCUGCUUAAUAGUAGCCUGUAUAAGUCAUUCCUCAUUUUAAAGCUGCAUUAAGUGAUUUCUGACCACCAGGGGCAGAAAGACUCUGAGCCUUUAGCUUGUUCUUUAUUAGUGACAAGAAAUGUGCUACUUCACAUCUAGCUAAAACAGCUACCUGAUCAUUCCAUUCAAGAGUCUUUCUGGCCAUUCUGAUGAAUGUAAGUUCACUAUUGUUUGUAAGCCACUGUUUGGUAAACCAAUACCACUAAUGUCUUUUUUGGGUUAUCUACAUACUCAAUUAUCUUUACCAUCAUUUACUUUGGCUCUCUGCAGUUAUGCAUGAGGUGGGUAGUCUCUGUGCCAGCAUUGUUUUUGUUUUGUUGUUUCAGACAACCAGGAUAACCGAUAUCGUAAGGUAACAGCAGCUAUCUAAAGCUACAGUAUAGGCUGUUGAUUCUUAGCGUGCUCAGCAUUCAUCACCCUUUAACAUAUUCAUAUUCAGUUGUUUGAGUCAGUGUUGGUAAAAUAUAUAUUGCUUUAUGCAGCUUUAACACAUUGCAGAUGGUUCUGUAUAUGUGCCUA